UGAAGCUAGAAUCAAAACCUUUACAGUACCUGCCACAGGAAAGAGGUCAGAAGUGACUCGAUGAAUGGGAUUUUACUUGGUUUGUGCCAUUUACUCCAAAGAUGAUGGAGAUCAUAAACUGUACCCUAGGGCAGAAAUUUACAACUUGCCUGACUCAUACUUUGAAAGGUUAUCAAGAUUAUAUGACAUAUACCUUGAUACUGUUAGUGACUGUAAUAAUACUCAAUUAUCCCAAUUUUUUUUCACUGUUUCUGAUCUAUUUAAAUCAAAUUUUCUAUUACGCUUAUAAAAAAAUAUAUAACCUGCCAGAAGAUGUUUUAAGAAAAGAAUGGAACAGACCAAGAUAUUUGGUGGCAUCUGUUGGGACUAUCCUAGGAAAGUUGUUGCACGGUUAUGAGGUCUGUGGAAUUGAAAAUAUACCAGAAGGCCCAGGACUUAUUAUCUAUUACCAUGGAGCCUUGCCUAUAGAUUAUGUGUUUUUUGUAUACUUAUUCUUCAUCACCACAGGAAGAUUCUGCUACAGUGUGAUAGAUCAUUGCCUUCAUCAUCUCCCAUUCACAAAACUGAUUAGGAACAUCAUUUGUCUUUGUAAAUCAAGAGAAGAAUGUAUUGAAAAGCUAAAGAAAGGCCAUCUGGUGGGUAUUGCACCAGGUGGACUUCGAGAGCAAAACUAUGGAGAUAACACUUACAAAAUGAUCUGGGGGAACCGUAAAGGAUUUGCUCAAGUAGCUAUAGAUACAAAAGUGCCAAUCAUACCUAUGUUUACACAAAACAUCCGGGAAGGAUACCAGACAUAUGGAAAUAUAUGGCCGAUGAGAUGGCUUUUUGAAAAAACACGAUGUAUAUUCUUUCCAUCAUAUGGACUAAUUCCAGUUAAACUUCGGACACAUAUUGGAGAACCCAUUCCUUAUGACCCAAGUAUAACUGCUGAAGAAUUGGCUGAAAAAACAAAAAUUGCGAUAGAAGCCUUACGGGACAAACAUCAGAAAAUACCAGGAAGCAUAAGAAGAGCUCUUUGGGAGCGUUUUGUGAACUAUCACAAAGAUAAAUAAUGUAACUAAUGAAGUACAUAUAUAUGAUAUUUGAUAAGAGAACUAUGGGAACUUAAAUAUUAAAUUAUCUUAUACUUCUUAAACUAA